AUGGAAAAUGUUCCUUUAGUUGGUAAAAACAAUGAAGUUAAUAAUAUUGAAUAUUCAGAUGAAUACGAAUUAACAUCAACGCAAGCCUCUGCACAACCGCAACAACAAACAUCAAUAAAAAAUCGUCGUGAAACUAAACAAACAACAAAUCUCACAAAGUGUUUUCAAAAUCCUUUUCGUAAACGGCAACCAGAAGAAAAACACAAAACAACAAUGGGUUUAUCUUGUUCAUCACUUCUCUCCUUUUUUCGUAAUAAAUCUCAUAAAACUCAACCUCGAAAUGUAACAAUUGGUCAUCGUGAAUCAAAUCAAACAUUUUAUCCACGAAAUGUCAUUAGAAAUCAGAAAUAUAAUAUUUUAACAUUCAUUCCAUUAGUUUUAUUUGAACAAUUUCGUUUUUUUCUUAAUCUAUAUUUUUUGGUUAUGGCUUGCACUCAAUUUUUUCCCGCAUUUCGUAUCGGCUAUUUAUAUACGUACUGGGGUCCAUUAGGUUUCGUUUUAUGUGUGACAAUGAUAAAAGAAGCUAUUGAUGAUAUUAAACGUGCGUAUCGUGAUAAAGAAUUAAAUUCACAAGUGUAUUCAUUAAUUCGAAAUGGAAAACGUCAACAAGUACCCAGUUCAGAUUUAAAAGUGUCUGAUGUUAUUGUUAUUCAAAAAAAUCAAAGAAUACCAGCCGAUGUGGUGUUGCUGCAAACAUCGGAUAAAUCAGGCACUUGUUUUAUUCGCACUGAUCAAUUGGAUGGUGAAACAGAUUGGAAAUUACGCAUAGCAAUACCGACUACACAGCAAAUAGAUGAUAUUUCAAUAUUGACAACGGAUACGGCUGUUUUAGGUAAAAUUCAUGCUGAACCACCACGUUUAGAUAUUCAUGAAUUUAACGGGGUCUUAUCAUUGAAAAAUGAUGAACCAUUAAGUGUUGAGAAUAUACUAUGGGCUGGCACAGUGUUGGCCACUGGAGAAUCUGUUUGUUGUGUCAUCUACACAGGAUCAGAUACACGAAGUGUGCUGAACACAUCGAAACCACGUAAUAAAGUUGGUCUCGUAGAUUUGGAGAUAAAUACAUUGACAAAAUUAUUAUUUGUUGCUCUCGUUUUACUCAGUCUUAUCAUGUUGUUAUUAAAAGGAUUUAAAGGACCAUGGUGGCGUUAUGCCGUGCGAUUUUUUCUCCUAUUUUCAUACAUGAUACCAAUUAGUUUAAGAGUCAAUUUGGAUCUGGGAAAAAUGGUUUAUUCAUGGUUUAUCGAGAAAGACAAACAUAUACCAGACUCAGCUGUUCGAACAUCAACCAUACCAGAAGAGUUGGGACGAAUUGGAUAUUUAUUAUCAGAUAAGACAGAUCAGUUAUUUCAAUUGAAAGGCACAUUGACUCAAAAUUUGAUGGUAUUUAAACGCAUUCAUCUGGGCACAGUAUCGUACACAAAUGAAAAUCAAACGGAAAUUGCUCAAUUAAUUAAACAACAAUAUAAACAACAAUCGCCUCAACUACAACCUGCCUCCACUAUACAAAAACGAAGUGUGGUCAAACGAACUGAAGCUACCAAGGUUCCCGAUGCUGUUAAAGCAUUAGCUCUAUGUCAUAAUGUUACACCCGUUUUUGAACAAAAAUCCGAGAUACUGGUAUCACAACAGUCACCUGUAAAGACACCGACGAGUACGUGGAGUGAUAAAUUUUCACUACAUAGUUCAAGAACAGAAUCACCAAUAACAGCAGCAACGAUCAGUGAGUUAUCGGAUGAACAGCAAGCGGCACAACCACUGGGAACAAAUACGCAAGAAGGUGUUACCUAUCAAGCCUCGAGUCCCGAUGAAAUAGCGUUAGUUGAAUGGACAGAACAAGUUGGUUUAACACUAGUUCAUCGUGAUUUACAAAGCAUCACAUUACGUUUAAAUUCCAGUCAACAAACACUCCAUUAUCAUAUAUUACAAUUAUUUCCAUUUACAUCAGAAACAAAACGAAUGGGAAUUAUAGUACGAGAUGAUCAAACAAACGAAAUUAUCUUCUAUUUGAAAGGUGCCGAUAUUGUUAUGCAACCUAUUGUCCAAUAUAACGAUUGGUUACAAGAAGAAUGUUCAAAUAUGGCUAGAGAAGGUUUACGAACGUUGGUUGUAGCAAAAAAAAUUCUCACAGAAGAACAAUAUCAAGAGUUUGAACAACGUUUAUUGAAAGCAAAAUUACAAACAAUUGAUAGAAAUAAACGAGUGCUUGAAAUAAUUGAAACAUUAGAAAGAGAAAUGGAAUUGUUAUGUGUUACAGGAGUUGAAGACAAAUUACAAGAAAACGUUCGUCAAACACUAGAAAUUCUGCGUAAUGCGGGUAUUAAAAUAUGGAUGUUAACAGGUGAUAAAUUAGAAACGGCGACAUGUAUAGCUAAAAGUUCAAAAUUGAUUGGUCGUGAACAUGACAUUUAUACGUUUAAAUCGAUAUCAACGCGUGAAGAUUGUCUACAAGAAUUGAAUAUGUUUCGACGUAAAGCCGAUGCGUGUCUGAUUAUUACCGGUGAUACAUUACAAGUAUGUUUGGGAUUUUAUGAAUCGGAUCUGGCAGAAUUAGUUAUCCAAUGUCCGGCUGUUGUCGUCUGUCGAUGUUCACCAACACAAAAAGCACAUGUUGUUAAUCUGCUAAAAAAAUACGGAGAAAAACGAGUGCGAGUGUGUGCAAAAGCAGCUGAUGUUGGUAUAGGAAUUGUAGGAAAAGAAGGAAAACAAGCAUCAUCAGCCGCUGAUUUUAGUAUAAAUCAAUUUAGCUAUUUAUCUCGUUUAUUAUUGGUACAUGGACGUAAUUCGUAUAAACGUUCAGCUGCUUUAUCUCAAUUUAUCAUGCAUCGUGGUCUCAUUAUUAGCGUUAUGCAGGCUGUUUUCUCAUCGAUAUUUUAUUUUUCAUCUGUUUCACUUUAUCAAGGUUUUCUGUUAGUUGGCUAUGCUACAAUUUACACAAUGUUUUCUGUGUUUUCGUUAGUAUUAGAUAAAGAUGUACAACCAGAAAUUGCUCUAUUAUAUCCAGAACUGUAUAAAGAAUUGUCGAAAGGACGUUCACUAUCGCUUAAAACAUUUUUUCUUUGGGUAUUUAUUUCCAUUUAUCAAGGUGGUGCUAUUAUGUACGGUUCAUUUUUGCUAUUCGAUGAUGAUUUUAUUCAUGUUGUAUCAAUUACAUUCACAUCAUUGAUAUUAACAGAAUUGUUAAUGGUUUCAUUAACAAUACGUACAUGGCAUCCAUUGAUGAUAGUUGCCCAAUUAUUGAGUUUAGCCUGUUAUGUGCUAUCAUUAAUUGUAUUUAAAUCAUAUUUUGAUGCUCAAUUUUUACAAUCAUUUGAUUUUAUUUGGAAAGUAUUAGUUGUCACACUGGCAUCAUGUUUGCCACUGUAUAUUCUUAAAUUUAUUCAAGUAAAAUGUGCACCACCAAUACAAACAAAAUUACAACAAUAUUAUACAACAUUAAAAUAG